AUGAACAUGAGUAGUGCAUUUGAUUCUGAAUGUAGUAGUGGAUGUGAGUCAGGUUGGACUCUAUACCUUGAACAUUCUUAUGGAGAAAACACUAGAUUCAUAGAUGGAACUCAAGGGUAUUAUGGGAAGUACACAAAUGAUGAAAACUACUCUCAAGAUUUAUCCAUGCUUUCUGAUGCUUCUUCUGGUCCUCCACAUGUUCCUUAUGAUGAUCAUGAUGAUGGUUACUUCAAUGAAAAACACAAUGGUAAUUCCUUAGUGAAACAACACAACAAGAGUGAAACAAAGAAACAGAAAGUUAGAGAACAUGUUGAAAAAGAUCAACACAAUCUUCCUUCUUUUCUUCAUGAUACUGCUAGCUCUCAUGUCUUUGACUUUUCAACUAACAAUGUUAUUGAGACAACAAACCAACAAAAUUAUUCACAAGGUUUCUCAGCAACUAACUAUUUUGAGGGAAGAUCUUCCUAUCAAGAAGAACAAUUUGGUUUUUUACAACAAUCUCAAACAGAAAAUGAACUUCAAAGUAACAAGAGAUGGUAUGGAAGAAAAAAAGGUUUUGGAAUGAGGUGA